AUGAUUGCAUGUAGCGUAGCACCUGCACUUUUACAGCCAGUCCCCAAGGCUCAUUACUCCUUUGAUGUAUUACAAACACUCUCGGGAUUCUACAAAUAG